GAUGAAGAGCUCUCGUCCUUCGUGUUCAGUUACCUGACAGAGAGCUCCGGCAGCCAGGGGGAGGAGUCGCAAUGCGACUGUUGGGCUUGUUUGACACCGUGGUGGAGAAGGCAUUGCUGGAACACACUUCUCUGCAAAUCUGGGCCGUGCGACUCUUAUGGGCCUUCGGGGAGGAGGAACACUUCCGCAGCAUUUCUGUUGCCUCCCUGCGGAGGGCGUGUCUCACUGGAGACGGUACUUCUCCCCAGUCGUGACAGCCAACCUCGUGUCCUUGUGGAGGGUGGGGGGCACCUUGGCAGUAACUGGUGUGUCAGCAGUUUUGCACAGGCAGGUGCGUUUCCCCAUGGGAGAAUGGUGCUCGCCAUCACUAUGGCAGCGACGGCAUCGUGGAAAUCGGCACAACAUCGUAGGCUGAAGACGAAGAGGCAGCUGGGAAGAGUUGGAUCGUAGGAAUUUGCCAAUGGCACCUGAUCAGCGGGGCAAAAAAAGGACGCUUGGUAUGAGGAGGAGGAGGAGGUCAGCUCGGACCGCCUCGACGUGGACUUCCCUGACAUCGACCUCUCGCAGCUGGACGCAAGCGAUUUUGACUCGGUCAACUGCCUCAGCGAGCUGCACUGGUGCAACGACCAGUCGGAUUCCUCUCCCGCCUCCAUCCAGUACAGCACCGGGGACCCGGAGCUCUUUGAGAUAGAAGAGGAGAAUGCGGCGCUGCUGGCCGCUCUCACAGACAGCCUGGACGAGAUGGUGGAGGACGAGGUGGGGGGUGGGCUGUGUGGGUUCCCUUCGCUGGGUGGGGGCCCUGAGGAUGAGGAGGAUGAGGAGGAGGAGGAGGAGGAGGAGGAGGACCUCCCUCUGGAUAGCGAGCCCUUCGGCAGCUCGCUGAGCCCAGAGACAGAAGACCCGUCUCUACUGAAAAAGCUCCUGCUGUCGCCACCAAAUGUGCCUGCGGGCCUUGAUGCACAGAAGCAGGGCGGUGCACGUCUCCAUAGCAACAGGAGCCAGCACCCCAAGCUCCUGAGAGCAUCGGUUAAGGGCGUCAGCGAAACGGAGCGAAAAGCCCACGCCGUGCGACCUGCCGGACCCCAGUGCACUGAGCUGCACCGUUUCCUGAUGACGACACGGGAGGCCGAGGACACGCCCUCUGGUGAAGAGGACAGUGAGUUGGAGCUGGAGGACGAUGAGGAGGAGGAGGAGGAAGACACGCAAGAGUCCUCUGGGAGCGAGGAUGAGUGCCAUGCUGUGCCGCAACCCGCGGAGAGACAGUUUUCCUCGGAGAAGGAGCUGCGCGGCAUGGUGGAGCUCAUCAGCUACAUGCACACGUACUGCCUGCCUGGCCGCAAGCAGGGUGCCGGGGAGCGGCGGGAGCGCGAGUGCCCGGGCAUCAGCGUCAGCAUCAGCGUCGCUCGCAGGGCUCGGCAUGACUGUCCCCCGGCCCGACCACCCCUGGCCAACCAGAAGCUCGCACCCGAGGCAGCCGGAGGCGCCCGUCCGCGGCUCGCCUUCGUCCGGCGCCGGGAGCUCAAGGGCCACUCCCUCCUGCGGGAGCUUCUGGAAACGGUCCGAUCUUUUGACGUGAGUAAGCCUUAUAGACUGCAGAGCCCCCCCUACAGCCACGCUCGGGGUGCCACCAACAGGCUAGUGCCGGACAGAAAAGGAGAGGCGGCCAGCACACGACCUGCCAAAGUAGAGCUCAGAGACUCCUCCUCCAAAAGCGCCGUCGGCGAUGUCGCUCCUGAUCCCGCCUCCGAGGCCGAGCAAUCGAACCCGACGUGGAAGGCCGCCUCUGGCGACGCCUCUUUCUCCGUCAGGCGCUCCCGACGGCUCGCCUCCUUCCCUGGCCGUUUCGCCAAGAGAGCUCGGGCAGGGGUUGGACUGGGACGGGCGAGGGUGCAGUCACUUUCAAGUCGGUGCUGUGAGGAGGCGGGGCCUGCGAAGCAGCGCUGCACAGAGCUCUCCCCUACAGAGAGCCUUUUGCACGGAGAUUCCUGCUGGACUGAACCCCAGAAGAGCAAGGAUACUGAGUCUCCGUGCAAUCAGAACGAGAAGCGCUCCUGCCUCCGUCUGCCGCUGGCCCCCAAAUCGACCGGAGAGGCGCAGUACUCCAACAAGCCCUUUGAGCAGACGACUGUCAGCGUGGAGCUGUGUGGCACAGCGGGGCUCACUCCGCCCACCACCCCUCCCCACGAGCCCUUCAAGGCCGAGGGACGGGCCGAGGCGUGCCCACGGGGGUCCUGGCUGUCGCGGACACAUUCCCGGAAGCUUCCGGAGCAGACGGAGCUGUAUGCCCAACUGCGCAGGAUGGGCCAGGCGGGCGACGGGGGCGCGGGGGGCCCCAUCAGCUGGUCACUUGGGGACCAUGACUAUUGCGUGCAGGGUCUGGGGGACGGUCUGAGGAGACCCCUUGAUGUGCUUCACUCCUCUGUCCGAGUGGAGGAGAAGGAGGGGGCCAGGUCAGCAGAGGGGGAGCGCACUGGUACAGACCUGCCCCAGGCGAAGCUCCUCUCCAAAAUCUCGGAUCCCCCAAUGGGUACGGACAGCAGGGGGGGGCGGCGCCACACAGCAACACCCCGCUCACAGUCGCCCCAAGCCUUAUCGCCCCGCAGUGCAGAUGAGGGAGUAAACCACCCUGCUCUGACCCCCACCACAAACCCCGGUGACUACGCCCCCCUCGACUCCUGCUGCCAGCCCCCCUCUCCCAGCAGCCAGCUGAGUUUCAGCUGUGAGAAUUCCGAGACGUGUCACGGAGAGGAGCAGAGGAUCAAAACUUUCGAUGACUGCCAGGUGUUCUACAUCCACAACCUGCCGUCAGGCAUCACGCAGGCCAUGCUGCGGCGGCGAUUCGGAGCUCUGGGUGAACCCAAGGAGUGCAAGAUCGUUGUGAAGAACGAAGAGCGCUGUGGGGUCAUCACCUUCCGGCACCCCCCCAGCGGUCCGCGGCUGCGGCACAGGUGGGAGCCGACCCAGCACAAUGGUGGGAGCUCGCCGAGGAGGUUCGGCAGGAAGCGCUACAUUGAUCUGGAUGAGGCAGGACCCGGGCCUGUGAAGAGCAAGUACGACGCCCUGGACUUUGACACCCUGCUGAAGGAAGCCCAGAGGAGCCUGCAUCGCUGAGACGCCUUACAGCCCCGCCCUUACGACCCGACUCGCAUCAGUACCUCAACCAAGGCACCUCCUAAUGUUUACAUUUUUAACAUCCGAAUAAGAAACAAACCUUUGCCUAUUUCAGCCGAGGAUUUGAGGAGGGGAGAGGAGGGCUCAUGGGAAAAUGGGGGGGGGUUGCAAACACAACUAAAGUACUCUAAAAAACAAAAAGCUGCUUCCUGUGCGUGCUCAUGACAUCAUUGCCCUGCUGAGAGAGGGCGGGGCUCUGUAGCAGACCGCCGUGAUGCGCGCCUGCGUCUCGUCUUUUUCCCAAGCCCCUUAGUCACUGCUGGUGGAAGCGAAAGUCGCACUCGCCAUCUAGUUGUUAUCGUGCGUACGUGAGGAGAAUAAUGAAAAAGAAAAAAAAAAUCACGAAAAAAUAACGGCUUCAUUAUAGGAAACUGGAUGUAAAACUGUGUCACGAAAAAAGAAAAAAAAAAAUGAAUGACAACUUAGAGUUUACAAGUUAAAAAAAAAAAUAUAUAUAUUGUUUUGUAAAUUUAGUGCUUCCUUGAUUUCAUCUAUGCACUUGUAAUGAGGUGGUGAUGUUCUCUCUCUCUCUCUCUCUCUCUCUCUCUCUCUCUCUCUCUCUCUCUCUCUCUCGUUCCGCUGUGAGCCGUGCUGCUGGGGGCUGCGGCUUCCGGAGCUGCCGAUCCCUCAUUAAUGAUGCCGAGUUCCACCGGAGCCUUUCGGAGAUAACCGUUUGCAGCUGUUGGAACGUGAAUAUUGAGCGGAACGCUUGGGAUCGCUCCCAGUGGUUGAGGGUCCCUGACAAAACACCUGUUUCGAUGAGCACUUUUUUUCUUGCAAAAGAACCGGCAUCAUUUAUUGCACGCAGCCAUGCCUAUAUUACCGCCAACUGCUCUUUAUCGUAAAUUGGUUGCCGGAGUAGCUAAAAUAUUCAGGGUUUUUAAAAUUUUAUUUGCUGCAUUUUACUCUAGUGAUGAGCACUUAAAAGAAAAUGGACUGGGAAUUUGUCUGUCUAGACAGUCCACGAGACGUGGGAUUUAAGGAGGAGGGAACGGACCUGCGGAACGUGCAGUUGUCUGACCCUAUCGAGAUGUCGUCGUGGUCUCGGUGAUCUCCACCUCUGAUACGAUCCUGAUAUAUGAGAUGGCAGUUUUUUCCAAAGGUUUCCAGGGACAACGUAGUUAUUUGAAAUGCUUCCGAAAAUGAGGUGCGCUGUACUUAAUGUAACAGCAGCUGUUUUCACUUAAAAUUAUUACAGUUUUUUUAUUGUGGGGCAGCAGGUGUCGCAGUGGUUUGAGCUGCUGUCCCCCUCUGAGAGGAACCAGGUUCGAAUCCGCUGUGCUGCUCUCCUGAAUUGACACAGUAAAAAUGACCCUAACGUUAAAUGGGUCAAUAGGUAUAAGUAGCCUAACGCUGCAAGUCGCUUGGGAGUAAAGUAUCAGAGACAUGAAUUAACAAAAUAGUUUAUUUUUUAAUUUCAAUUUUAAAUGGUGGAUCUGAAGUUAUGAGUUGCCUGUAGUCACAGACAUGCGGUCCCCAGCGUCCUUGGCCGCGGGUUUUGCUCGCAGGCCCCACGUGCCCGAUGAGUUUGAGGCAGCGCCGGUCUUCUCUCUUGGCCUCCGGUCAGUUUCCACCUGCCCCGUGCGGCGGCGCCUCUUGCUCCCAGCAGCACAGCCGAGGGCCGAUGCUCCCGCGCCGCCUCCGUACCGAGUGGGCAAAGACAGCGCACAUGUGGCGGCGUGAGAACAUUCCAGAAGUCCCUCAUGUAGAGGAAACAGAGGGGUAUCUACCUCGCUUACACCUCUCUCUCUCUCUCUCUCUCUCUCUCUCUCUCUCUCUUGCUCGCUUGCUCGCUCAGUGCUCUUUCAGACAGGUGGGGGUCACACAUUCUCUCUCUAUGGCUUUGGCUAGAAGCACUCACCUCAGUGAUAAACUCUAAUUGUCUCUGUGUCUGUUUUUGACUCUCGAACGUAUAUCCAGGUGUGUCCGAGUGUGUCGUCUGUUGUCUUGUGGCGUGUCUCCGGGGGGUCGCGGAGGCGGUUGGGGCCUCAGGCGGAUGAGGGGCGGCGAUGAAGGCUGCACCCACCCCCCAGCAGGUCUUUCGCCUCGCACCCAGGACCCCCCGAGGGGACCCCGGGGGCCGACCCGCCCCUUUUUCUAACUGACCGUCCCCGUCACUCUUCUUUGUACGAUCUCCUCUUCUGUAACACGUGAAUCGAAUGUUUACAUCGCUGGUUUCUCCCGCUUCUUUUUAGGAUGCACACUAAGUACACGGGCGCCUUAUUCCGCAUGGGGACACACCCUCUUAAGGACGCUAUGGAUCACGAACGCAAAUAUUGAAACAUUUUCUAUGUACUGUAAACGGCAGUGGGUCGUUUCCUUGGCGACUGAGCUGAGUGGGUGUUUGUGCUUAGUUUGCACGCUACUAAAUAGUGGCAGAACGUGCAGGUUUACAUGAUAUAAUCUUGUUGUAAUGGCUUAUAUACGGUGUGUGUAUAUACAGUAUAGAUCUUUGCCUAGGCUACACAUGAAGUUCAUCGUGCUGUGCUCGACAGCGACCUCUAGGUGUGGUCCGUUGCGCUAAUCGCUGGAGGCUGCAGAGGGCGACGCUCGACGCGCGCAGGAGCGGAAGGGAAUCGGCUUUCAAGUGGAACAGCGGCUUAAAGCAAAAGAGCAUCCCUUUAUACGUUUUUCUAUGAGUUUGUGAAUAUUUUUUUCAUAGUUUUUUUUAAAGCAACAUUUGCGAUGCAAUAUGUAAUACGUGUCGGAGUGGGCCCUUCCAAGAAGCGAAGGGCUGUUCGAGGAAGUUUGUGUUUAUUUGAUGAAUCAGUUUAACCUUGAGAACAAGUCACGGGCUGUAAAGCGUGGCGCCGGUGCAGACGACGACAAGGCACGCGUGGCACGGACGCGCUCUUCCGCACCGAGGCGCGACACGCGGGUUCGUGCAUCCGCCGCACUUUCGCAGUCGUGUAAAUGGCCGUCGCGACGAGCAGCGCUCAGUUAUUUUCGCUUUCGUUUCGGUGUUUUGGGAUGGGAGUGCGAGACGAGCACCGAGGCCUGUUCGGGUGCGGGCCGGCUCCUUGCCGCGGUUACCGUUGAGCUGGCGCUUGGAGACGGAUGGAAACUUCGAACCCGAAAAUCUCACAAGGAGAGCCUUAAAAUAACGGGGGGAACGAAGCUGUCGGUGGCUUUUAAUAACACAGAUUAAUCUCCUUUAAAAUCCUACGUGUUUUAUUAAUUACUGACGUAAUUAAAAUUUUCAAUACAGCCAUAUUAUA